CUGUAGAAAAAUUUCUUUUGUUUACAUUUUGUUGCACGCCUUUCUGGAAGUGGGGAUUUUGAAACUUAAGUUCUUAUUUAAAAAAAUCUACGAGCAUUUGAAGCUGAGCAAUUUUAUUGAAGCACAUCAUUUGCUAAAUUGCGAUGACUUCUUUGCGUUUUUUUGUUCUUAAAACCUUCUCACGAAGACUGAAUUUUGGCGAAGUUGGGAAUUUUGGAUUCCUUCGUAGCUAUUGCGAAUAUACUCCAAGAGUAUCUCUAGAAAAAAGUGUAAAUCAUGUAACCCUAUUAGGUAGAGUUGGAAUUAACCCUCAAUUGCGUGGAACGGAAAGCAAGCCUGUUGUUGUAUUCACUUUGGCGACAAAUACAAAUUAUAGAUAUGAAAGUGGGGAAAUUCAACAGAAAACUGAUUGGCAUCGUAUAAGUGUUUUCAAGCCCAAUUUAAGAACUACAGUGUUAGAACAUUUGAAAAAAGGUGCUCGGGUAUAUGUUGAAGGUCGUAUUCUUUAUGGAGAAUUCACAGAUCCAAAAGGUGUUAUUCACAAUACAACAUCUAUAAUUGCAAGUGAUAUCAUAUUCGUUGGAGGUACAGAGAAAAGAGAGGAAAUUGAUUCAGAAACUGCAGAAGAAGCUGUAUAGCAUAUUGUAAAAACUAGAUUAUUCCAUAUAUUCAUUUCUGUACAUAAGAAGCUCGUUUCACUCAAAGAAAUAAAAUAAAAAU